GUCUGUAGUUCUCAAAAUUCUUCUUCUUUCAUUGCCUUCAUCAUUUGGAGUUGCCAAAUAGCUCUCGAGACAAUGGGUAUCAAAGUGACUCCAUUUAUUCUUUCUAAUCGAAUCCUAAGGAUGUCUUCAACAUCUGGUGGUAUUCCAAAAGGACAUUGUGCAGUAUAUGUAGGAGAGAGCCAGAAGAAGAGAUUCGUCGUGCCAGUAUCAUACUUAAGCCAGCCUUUAUUUCAAGACUUAUUAGCUCAAGCUGAAGAAGAGUUUGGCUUUGAUCAUCCGAUGGGUGGUCUCACGAUACCUUGCAAAGAGGAUGUGUUCUUUGAUCUUACUUCCCGCUUAAGAAGAUCAUGAGUUACAUCAUAGUGCAAAUUCUUCAACAAAUGAUUUUUCUGCAAAAUAGGACUUGUAAAUGAGAAAGAGGA